CGUGCUGUCUGCUCAGGAGUCACGUGACACAUGUGUCUGGGAACAGUAUGGCGGACAUGCAUGUGGAGCCUCCAAACAAGUUACACCGAUUAUCCAGCUAACCCCGUCGCUAGAACCAUCUUUGCCGCGCGUGAAACCGGGCCAGCAGAGCCCGAACUCACAGCAGAAUGGACGAGGAAAUCAAACUCCAGUUCCCGGAUCUUCCCUCCUCCAAGGAGGAGCUGCUGGACUGGGCUUAUCCAAUGAGACGAGAAAUGCAGGAGAUUUUACCAGGAUUGUACUUAGGCCCCUAUUCUGCUGCAAUGAAAAGCAAGCUGCCAAUUCUUGAAAGACACGGCAUAACACAUGUUGUGUGUAUCCGCCAAGACAUUGAAGCCAAUUUUAUCAAACCUAAUUUUCCUCAUAGAUUUAGAUACCUUGUUUUAGAUAUUGCAGACAAUCCAGUGGAGAAUAUAAUUCGGUUUUUUCCUACGACUAAAGAAUUUAUUGGUAGCUGUUUAGCCACAGAGGGAAAGGUAUUGGUUCACGGUAAUGCAGGGAUAUCGAGAAGUGCUGCUUUGGUGAUCGCCUACCUGAUGGAAACAUUUGGGAUGAAAUACAGGGAUGCAUUCAGUUAUGUCCAGGAGAGGAGAUUUUGCAUCAACCCCAACGUGGGCUUUGUGCAUCAACUACAGGAAUAUGAAGCAAUCUACCUUGCCAAGCUGACCAUUGAAAUGAUGUCACCAAUGCAGCUGGGCCGCUCGUUCUCCCUCCAAGCUGGGAUGCCAGGAAGUCGCAAACGCAGCCUGGAGGAAGAUGAGGAUUUCGGGCCCACGCAGGUCACAGCAACACAGAACGGAUGAACUUUGCCGAUAUUUAAGCUGCAUGGCACCGUGCACUCUUUUUUUUUUUUUUUUUACAUUUUUAAUGGGAUUAAAAAUGUAAAUAUUUGAACUUUUUCUAAGGGGAUGGGAUGAGGGUGGGAGGGCAGUGACUCAUGUCUGAGACAAGGAGUGCUGGUUGGACUUUGGACAAAUUAAAUAAUUCUGUUUUUUUCUGAGCUGUAUGCACUGAUGGGAGACUUUUUGCAGUUUUAUAGUAUUUAAAGCAUUUUGCAUUUGCAGCGGGACAGUAUUGCAAUAAUGCACUUUCAAUACUUGAAUUAGUUUAGUUGGCCAGGUUGGGGGAGGGGAGUGUUGACUUAAGGAGACUUGGCCUGGACGUGUCCCAGUGGCGGACACGAGUCAUGGUGACGUCUUUUAGAGUUAUGAACCAACAUCGAGGUGCGUGUGGGAAAGGCAGGAACAAAAAAAUUGAACUCACUGCUUAAAAGAAGAAACAUUUUGAGUGCUGUACUAAGGUGUCUAUCAUAAAUGCAUUUAACACGUGCUUGUUUUCUGAUAUUUAUGCAUUUUGUCAGAGUUGUUUCCCCAUUUUAAACAGCUGUUCACGUUUUGUCUAAAUAUUUUACUGGUGUGUUCACGGGAAAUCUGAUAAACUAGUGUACUUGACUCGUAAUUCAGUUUUGUCCUCUAAAGCUAAGUCAGGGCACUAUUUACCACAACGCUACAUUUCUGAGUUUUGGGAAGAAAAUGCACUAAUUACACUUUAAAGCAGAGGUGAGGUACAUGUUUCAGAGAAAAACACUGAUCAUCAUUAAACAGUUUAUUAGAUUGACAUUUGGAAAUAAGUUAUAUUAAAUAUGUUCCCUGUUCAGAAUAAAACUAUUACAAAAGCUUAAAUAAAAGCUGAUCUUUAAAAAAUCAGCUUUGACUAUUUCCCAUUAGAAAAUGCUUCAAACCUGAUGCUGUUGACCAAAUACAAAACUUAAAAACUGUUGCCUCUUUUUUGUUCACUGGAAAUAUUCUAACAGUCUUCAUUAUAAUGCUUCCUGUUGUAGCGUUCAGGCCUUCAUUUUCCAGCAACAUAGCUGAGGCUUGAUGAGAAAAAUUAAACAAAAUCUAAGUUAAUCAUAGUGCUCAUCGUCUUUGGGGGCAGAAUUUAAAUAUGUGAAUAACUAAAUUCUUGUUGCCUUGAGUUCAUUUUGUGAUUAAAUUUGGUUUUGAUCAUA